AUGGUAUCUAAGAAGGCUUCCAAGAAGUUCAAUAAGGCAAAAUCAAAGGUGUCGGCUAAGGCGAAACAGAAAGCGAAGCUCACCGAUAAGAUUAAACGUAGAGAUGAGAUCAAGGAGAGCAAACGGAAAGCUAAGCUCACCGAGGCAGAGUUAGGGGGACCUGAGGAGGACAUGGACGCAGAGCUAGAUGCUCAGUUGGCCGAGAUAGGCUCCGAUGACGAGGCAGUGUUCUGUGUGCCUGAUGGUAUGGAAGGCGAGGAGGAGCUCGUGAGGGCUCUCAACGAGGGGGAGGACAAGACGGCUACUCAAGAGGGGGCGGACGAUGAUGAAGCUGAUACGCAUAAGAGGGAGCUGGAGGCUCUCAAGGAGACCGAUCCAGAAUUCUAUAAGUGGGCAUUCGUCUGA